AUGGAUCCUUCAACGGUGAACGGCGACCAGCCACCGAAUCCAGUCAAACACAAACUCGUCGAGCAAGUCAUCCGAACUCCUGGGAGACAACCUUCUCCUCAGCCGACCUUGCUAGGAGUUCCCGGUGCUUCCCAGUCGAACCAAUCCCUACACCGAACCUUGUCAGACCACAGCUCCGGUUACGUGGCUCCCAAAUUUGAGGGCAAGAAGGCCCAAAUGGAAGAGGUUAUGGACCUCAUCGAAGAAAAGGGUUUCUUGCCUACCGAAUUUGUGGCCUCCGAGACAGAGUGGUUCUACAAUGCCUUGGGGAUCGACGACAUGUAUUUCUCCACCGAGACGGUCGAAGCUGUCGCCAGUCACGUCCUCUCCCUAUAUGCUGCAAAGCUGGCAGCCUACGCGAGAGAUGACAACAAAUUGGAGAUCAGGCUGGCCAAGGAGGCCUCCGACCAUGCCGUCUAUAUUGACACGAGCAAGCCUGGAAUCAGCGUCAUUGAUGGACCAAGAUACGAGCAAAGGAUAGACGAAAAAUAUGUUGACGGCUCUACACCUGUUAGGAGCUACCGAGUGGAGUCGUUCAGAGCCACCAAUGCUCUCCCACAGAACCCAGACGAGUCAUUGCGAUGUUAUUUCGUAUAUCAAUGUCAGUUCAAGAACCCCCACCCCAAACCAAAUGAGACCGAUCUUGAAGUCAUUGGCGAGAAGAGAUUCCUCCAGAAAGCCACCCAGAAAACGAAAGAGAUCUAUCAGGAGAUCAUUACCUAUGCGGUCCAUAGGACGGGUCCCGUUAUUGAGAUGUUCGAAAUGGAGGGUACACGUGAGAAGAGGCUGGUGAUUGCCUACCGUCAAGGUUCAGCCAUGGGCGUCUUCAGUGCUUUGUCGGAUCUCUACCAUUACUACGGAGUCACAAGCUCCAGAAAAUACGUCGAACAAUUUUCCAAUGGCAUUACGGUCAUCUCUCUGUAUCUCAAACCCGCCAGCAAUGAUAUCGCCAAAUCUCGAUUCCCGCCGAUCGAGGCCGCCAUCCACCAAAUCAUCAAAGAAGUUUCUCUCCUAUUCUGUAUCCCGCAGAACAAGCUCCAGGGACAAUUUGCCAGCGGCAACCUGAGCUUACAGGAGAGUAUUUACGCUCACUGCGUUCAUGUUUUUGUGCAGCAGUUCCUCAACCGUCUUGGCUCCGAGUACACGUCUUUGGUAGCCGCUUUGGGAGAUACACAUUCAAAUGCAGAGCUGCUCUCCAAAAUCAAGAAGCGUCUGCGAACGGAAACAUUUACCUCCGACUAUAUUCUCGAGAUUAUCAACAAAUAUCCGGAUCUCAUUCGAUCUCUGUAUCUAUCCUUUGCCAGUACGCACUAUGUCCAGACUAGGGGUGAAGAGGACGAUUUCAUUCCUACCCUCAGUUAUUUGCGGUUGAAUGUGGAAAAGGUUCUCGACGACGAUACCUUGUCCGAAAUGAUCUCCAGGACCGUCGUCAAUCAACAUGAUGAAAUGGUCAUGCAAUACUUCUUGACCUUCAACAAAGCCGUCUUGAAGACCAACUUCUACACUCCCACCAAGGUCGCCCUCAGUUUCAGACUGAAGCCAAGCACCGACUUCUUACCUGAACAUGAGUAUCCUCAACCGCUAUACGGUAUGUUCUUGGUCAUUGGGUCCGAAUUCAGAGGCUUCCACCUUCGAUUCCGCGACAUCGCUCGUGGUGGCAUCCGAAUCGUCAAGUCCCGUAACAAGGAACUUUACGCCAUCAAUGCCCGGACUCAAUUCGACGAGAACUACAAUCUUGCCAAUACCCAGCAGCGGAAGAACAAGGAUAUCCCUGAAGGCGGAUCCAAAGGAGUCAUUCUACUUGAUUACAACCACCAAGACAAAGCCCGUGUUGCUUUCGAGAAAUAUAUCGACAGCAUUAUGGACCUUCUUCUGCCUCCUACGAGCCCUGGCAUCAAAGAUCCGAUCGUCGAUCUCCACGGACAAGAAGAGAUACUCUUCAUGGGACCUGAUGAGAACACCGCUGACCUGGUGGACUGGGCUACAGAACAUGCCCGUGUUCGGGGCGCUCCGUGGUGGAAGUCAUUCUUUACCGGCAAGAGUCCCGAACUUGGAGGCAUUCCUCACGACGCUUAUGGAAUGACGACCCUGUCAGUUCGGGAGUAUGUGCUCGGAAUCUAUCGCAAGUUGAAUCUGGAUCCAAGACAAGUCAGAAAGCUCCAGACCGGUGGACCUGAUGGGGACCUGGGUUCCAAUGAAAUCCUCCUCAGCAAUGAAAAAUACACUGCCAUCGUUGAUGGAUCUGGUGUUCUUGUCGAUCCUGCCGGGCUGGACCGCGCUGAAUUACUACGUCUGGCGAAGAAACGUGUGAUGAUCCAAGAAUACGAUGUUUCAAAAUUCUCACCGCAAGGAUACCGUGUCUUAGUCGAAGACGCCAACGUCACACUGCCUUCUGGAGAGAAAGUGAAUAACGGUAUGACCUUCCGGAACACAUUCCACCUCCGCGAUGGCGCGCAAUAUGACAUCUUUGUCCCUUGUGGUGGGCGCCCCGAGUCUAUCGACCUAUCAACCGCCAGCAAACUGAUCGUGAACGGCCAAUGCACAAUCCCGUACAUUGUCGAAGGCGCCAACCUCUUCAUCACGCAGGACGCCAAGCUCCGCCUUGAACAGGCUGGCUGUAUAAUAUACAAAGACGCUUCUGCCAACAAGGGUGGCGUGACGUCGUCCUCACUCGAAGUUCUGGCCAGUUUGUCCUUCGAUGACAAAGGAUUCAUUGAGAACAUGUGCGUUGAUGCAGACGGAACAGUUCCUGAAUUCUACAAGAUGUACGUCAAGGAAGUGCAAGAGACAAUCCAGUGGAACGCCCGACUCGAAUUUGAGGCGAUUUGGCGCGAGCAUGCCGCUACGGGAGUUCCGCGCUCGACUCUUUCAGACCAGCUCUCCCUUGCGAUCACCAAGCUUGAUGAGGAACUUCAGAACUUCACUGAACUCUGGGACAACAAACCGUUACGGGUGGCGGUGUUCAAGGAGGCGCUCCCCAAGACACUCCAGAGCAAGGUCGGCUUGGAAAAGAUUCUCCAGCGAGUUCCUGAGAAGUAUCUCAGGUCUAUCUUUGGCAGUUACAUGGCGAGUCGAUUUGUGUACGAGUACGGUGCUACGCCCAGCCAGUUUGCCUUUUUUGAUUUCAUGCGCAAACGGCUUGCGGGCGCCAUCUCGAAUGGGCAGUAA